AUGAUCGCAGAGAGUCGUAGUCAUGAGCAAGUAUACAGUAGUGUGGAGGGGGCUCAUUAUAAUAAUAAGAGGAGGAAAGGGACACAAGCUCGAAAUGGUUUGAAGAAAAAAAGGACCAUUUCUCCCGAAACUGAGUAUACAGAUGAAACAAAUGAAGAGAUUGCAAAACAGUUCAAGAAGUUUACUAAUGCUCCUAAAUACAAUUUGAACAGUGAAGAGCUAUUUUGUAUUUGUCGAAGAGUUGAUGAUGGUCAAAUCAUGAUAGCAUGCGAUGGGUGUGAAGAAUGGUUUCAUUUCAAGUGCAUGGAUAUUGAUGCAAAACUUGCAAAUUUAGUUGCGAAAUUUUAUUGCAAAUUUUGUGAUUGGCAAGGGCAUGGAGUCACGCUUUGGAAACGUAAAUGUCGAUUAAACGAGUGUUUGAUGCCUGUUGCAAAUGAGUCUAAAUAUUGCAGUCGGCAGCACGGCGAGGAAUAUAUGAGACGUUUAUUACUAGAACGUAAUCAUGGUGGUAGUGGUAGUGGUAGUGGUAGUGCUAAUGGUAGUGGUAGUGGUAGUGGCGACGGCCUUUCCCCAGGGGUCAUCAAGAGUAUUUUGGAGUUUGCGGAAAAUGAUUGUGAAAAAUUGAAGAAAUUGGGAUCAGAGUUCCCAGAAGUUGAAAAAGUGAAAAAAUUGAAAGUUGAUAGUUCUGCUUUAGAGACUUUUCCCAAGGAGGUGCAAGAUGAUAUUGUCAAAAUCAAUACAAGAGCCGAAUCCAUUCAUCGAGAGGUGUUGUUACAGGAAUCAAAGAAACAACUGUUGUUGAAAAUGAAGGACAAUAUCAAAGCAAUCUGUGAAAGACUUUCAAAUUCCAUAUACCCUGAAACUAGUCAAGAGCUAGAAGUGAAGAAAAAUUUGAAAAAGACAAAGCAAAAGAAAAGAAUCGAUCUUUGCAUGUGUGACAAAUCUGAAAACAAUUUAUUGAAUCAAAUUGCAAACACGGAAAACUUGUUUGAUGAACUAUUGAUGAAGGUACGAAAGCGGGAACAACAACAACAGAAGGACGAUAAUGGUGAUAAUGUUAAUGACAAGGUUGUGACAGUGGAAGGGGGGGAGGAGGAGGAGGAGGAGAAGAAGAAGAAGAGGGAGGAUAUGAACUCACAGGAGGAAUCUAAAGACGCCGAUGAAAACAACAAUCCCGAUUGGUUUAGAGGACAAAUUUGUAUAAAGGAGCGAAAACGAUGUCAACGUCAUAAUGGUUGGUGGGGUCUUUUUUAUGACGAGGUUGAUAAGACAUUAGACCAGUUGAAUACUAAGGAAGUGCAAAUGCUGGAAGCAAAAGAAGCAAUACUACGUAACUAUUCAAUAAAGAUCUACGAAACUUGA